AUGGGCGGAGAAGAAGAACAAAUGGACGUCGAUCACCAACACCACGCACACGUCCAAGCGAAGAAGAAAGAACCGUGGGUGGAUAAAUACCGACCGAAGAAAGUCUCGGACGUGGCGUACCAAACUGAAGUCGUCUCCGCGUUAGAGAAAGCGAUGGAGACGCACAAUUUACCGCACAUGUUAUUCUACGGCCCGCCUGGAACGGGGAAAACGACCUGCGCGUUGGCUAUUUGUAAACAACUGUACGGACCAGAGUUGGGGAAAAAAAGAGUGCUGGAACUAAACGCCUCGGACGAACGAGGGAUCUCGGUCGUGAGAGGGAAAAUUAAAUCGUUCGCGUCGACGACGGUAGGCGAAGGAGUGCCGGGAUACCCGUGUCCGCCGUAUAAGAUUCUGAUUUUAGACGAAGCGGAUUCGAUGACGAACGACGCGCAGUCGGCGCUGCGACGAAUGAUGGAAACGUACUCCAGAGUGACGCGAUUUUUCAUCCUGUGUAACUACGUGAGCAAAAUUAUAGACCCGAUUUCUUCUCGAUGCGCAAAGUUUCGAUUUAAAUCGUUAGAUGGAGGGACAAUGCACGAGAGAAUAAACUUUAUCGCGAAAGGAGAAAAUUUACAGUUGGCGGAAGGGACGUUGCAAGCGUUAGAACACGUAUCUGCGGGGGAUAUGCGUAAAGCGAUUACUCUUUUACAAUCCGCGGCGUCUUUGUUUGGACCAGAACUUACUGGAGAUCGCAUUCGCGAAGUUGCCGGUGUGAUUCCGGAUGAGAAAAUCGAAGAGUUGUUGCAACUCUGCGUGGCCGGGGAUUCUCAAAAAUCGCAGGCGUUAGCGGAGGAUAUUUUGAAAGACGGGUUUCCUUGUUUGCAAAUCUUAGAGCAGUUUGGGUACUAUUUGGCUGAUAGUGACUUGCUCGAGGACGAGAUGAAAGCUGAAAUUUGCUUGAAGCUAGGCGAAGUGGAGAAGAAAUUGGUAGACGGGGCGGACGAGUGGCUGCAGUUGUCGCAUUGUAUCUCAAUUGCGACGAUUGUCUGCUCGACGAAACCAGAAAAGUAA